GGGUGGACUGGUGGUGGGAGUCAGCUGUGAGCUUGUACGUGGAGACACGUUUAGUCAUCAUUCCGUAAGCGUUUCGUCACAUGGCGACGACGUUUGUGCAGCGACUACGGCGCGGCUUCUCUCAACAGUCAGACGCCACGCCUAAGCAAGGAUGUAUCGUCGUCCCAUGGAAACAUGUUUGCCAGCCCCGAGACAGGAAAAGGGUCAUGAAGGGUGAAGUCUAGUCUUCGCGUUCUAUCUUUCACGAGCUGUAGCAGUGACGUUAUUGUUUCUCAGAUAUGGCGUCAAAGAACAUCCGUGACGACACAAUCUCACGCAGAUUUUCUUCGAAUUUUGACGUCAGAGCAGACUUGCUUCAUUGUCAUCAUCCUUAUCCCGGCUGAUGAGCGACAUUUUCCUGCCGCUUAGAAAGAUGCUAAUACAACACAAACCAUAAGGCUGCCAGUUCCCUGGCAAACAAACAAAAACAAAACAAAAGAAAAACACGUGGCCUCAAGAAUCUUAACAGCUGAUAUCCUGACGGAACUUUCAUUGAAGAGCCCAAUUUCAUUCAGAGAUAGAAGAAAAGCACUGCCGCAAAGAUGCACGUCACCGCGGCCGAGGUACGGACGACCCCGGCCCUGCUGCUGCUGCUAAUGUGGCAGUGGCUGCUCCUCAUCAUCCCUCCGUGCAGCAACGAGCCGCUGGUACUUAUGAUGGGGGCCAAGGUGAAGGGUCUGGAGACGACUGUGAGCAACAGGACCGUGUGGAAGUUCCUGGGCAUCCGCUACGCCAAGUCAACGGCCGGGCUGGAACGCUUCCAACGCCCUCUGCCGGCGGAUCUGCUGGCGGAAAUCGAUGGCACCCGCUUCGGCGCCCGGUGCCCAACGUCACCGUUCGACUCGGGCAUGUCCGAGGACUGUCUCUUCCUCAACGUCUACACCCCAAAGGAAGCCCGCAAGUUGCCUGUCCUCGUCUUCAUCCACGGCGGUGGCUUUGUCUCCGGCUCCUCCAACGACAUUGAUGGCGAGGUGCUGGCGGCUGAGGGAGAUAUCAUCGUCGUCACUUUUAACUACCGCCUGGGUGUCCUGGGCUUCAUGUGCACUGGGGACAACUCCUCGCGGGGAAACUACGGGUUGUGGGACCAACGCAUGGCACUCAAGUGGGUAGAGACUUACAUCCAGUACUUUGGCGGGGACGAGAAGAGUGUGACUUUAGCCGGCAUGUCCGCGGGAGCCGCCAGCGCCGCCAUCUUGUCACUCUCGCCGUUUCGCGGAACUUGUUCCGCAGCGUCAUCCAAAUGAGCGGUUCUGCUAGCAGUCCUUGGGCACGGGUCUCCCCCGCCAUGGCGCUGGAAACAACGAGGAUCCUGGCUUCCCGACUGGGCUGCCCGUCCUUCGCCAAACUGCCAACGUCCGCGCUGGUCAGCUGCCUGCGGAACAAGCCCGUGGCCGAGCUGACGGUGCACAGCGAGGUGAUGUGGGAUGACACGGCACGCGCCCUGGUGGACUACGCCUGGGUUCCUGUCCGAGAUGGAGAGAUCGUGGUGGACGUGGAGACGGCUAGCAGCUUCCAGGGCCCGCUAUUGGCCGGCCUUGUCAACAACGAAGGAGGAACAAUGCAGUCUUGGGAGGUGCCAAGAGUGUCGGCGGUGUAUCCCGAAGCGGAAAUUAUGUUGAUGCAGCGGUCGUUCCUUCACCACAACCUCAUCCCUGCACUCCUGCGACAAGCCUACAACGUGUCCACGUCGACAGCUGCUCUUGUCGUCGAGUGUUUCUACUCCAGCCUACCGGAAGCAGUAGCCGCCUCCACCCGGCUGCGGCAUGACGAAGUCAGCGACUGGGAGAUGAGCGAGAUCUUUGGCGACGUGGCCUACGUGUACGGCACCCUCAAGGACCUUAAUCGCUUCUCGAGCACGCAGGCCAGCUUCUUGUACUACUUCGACCACCAGACCAACAGACGGCGAGUCCGCGGGAUCAGGCACGUCGAUGACCUGGCUUAUCUGACUGGUUUCGUCCAGCCUUUAGCUUAUACACUCGACUUCCGGGGCAAUAUUUCAGAGGAGGAUCUUCAGCUUUCACGCCAUUUCCGCCAGCUGAUCGUCAACUUUGUCAAGAACGGGGAACCCAACACUGGAGGAAGACCACCGUCGUGGCCAGUGUGGUCGCCAUAUACAAUCAGGAACGGCGACUAUCUGGUCAUCGGGCGCUCGCCCAGAGUUGCGCCCCAUCUAAAGUCGGAUCGCAUGAACUUCUGGACAUAUGAUUUACCACCGCUGCUGACCCCUUCGAGGAACGUGUCUGCGAAGUGGCGAGAAUGCUUGAGUUCCACUAUGAGAACAUCUGGACAACAACCAACAGACUCUGGAACGCUGCGAUACUGGUUAUUAAGUGCCUGCCUGUGUUUUACAUUAGCUGUUCUAAACAGAUGAACUCUGUGAUAACAAAAAAGUAUGCAGUAAUUGUCAAUGAGCGCAAUUGAUCUCACCGGUUGAAUGUAAUAUUAAACAGUUUUGAGUUCGUU